ACUUCUCGAGCCUUCGCCGAGACGGCGAGACCCGCCGUGCUCCCGGCUCCCGCCGCGCCCCUCUCCGGCCACCCGCCCCCGCAUUCCUCCCCCGCCGCCCGCGCCGGUUUCCAUGAACUAGCACCCCCUUCCUUCGCCAAGUACCCAGACGCUUCCUCCUCCCCCUUCUCUUCCGGCUUGGGUGCCCAUGGAGACCAGCGGUGCGGCCGCCGUCGCCGCCACCGAGGUGGGCUGGUACGUGCUCGGCCCGAACCAGGAGAGCGUCGGACCCUACGCGCUCGCUGAGCUUCAAGAACAUUUUGCAAACGGUUAUCUCAAUGAGAGCACGAUGCUCUGGGCAGAAGGGAGGAAGGAAUGGAUGCCACUCUCGUCCAUCCCUGAGUUACAAUCUGCAGUCACAUCAAAGGAUCAAUCUAAACAAGAUGCUCCAGAUGUUGAUGAUGAUUUUGAGAAAUUUCAGAAGGAGGUUACCGAAGCCGAGGCAGAUGUGGACCAGCAAGAUGAUGAGCGGCCAGCAACCCCGCCGGAUGGGGAGGAAGAAUUUACUGAUGAUGAUGGCACCAUUUACAAAUGGGACCGUACUUUGAGGGCAUGGGUUCCUCAAAAUGAUGCAUCUGGUAGCAAGGAAAAUUAUGCUGUUGAAGAGAUGACUUUUGCACUUGAGGAAGAAGUAUUUCAGGCACCAGAUAUCCUGGGUCCUUCUGCACUAGAAGAAAUCAACACUCUAUCUGAAAGCAAAAACAAGGGAUCAGAUAAAGCAGAAACAAGAGGAGACAAGAAGCGGAAAUCUUCUGAGAAGCCAGCUGAGAAAAAGGAAGCUAACAAACCUCCAGAAAGUUGGUUUGAUCUCAAAGUCAACACACAUGUCUAUGUAACUGGUUUGCCUGAUGAUGUCACGGCUGAGGAGAUUGUGGAGGUAUUUUCCAAGUGUGGAAUAAUAAAGGAGGACCCAGAGACUAAAAAGCCACGGGUGAAGAUCUAUACUGAUAAGGAAACCGGCAGGAAGAAGGGUGAUGCGUUGGUGACAUAUUUCAAGGAGCCUUCUGUAGCUUUAGCGGUUCAAUUGUUGGAUGGGACAUCAUUCCGUCCUGGUGUUAAGAUUCCUAUGUCUGUAAGUCCAGCCAAAUUUGAGCAGAAAGGUGAUGUUUUCAUUUCAAAGAAAACUGACAAGCAAAAGAAAAGGAAGAUCAAAAAGGUCGAAGACAAAAUGCUUGGAUGGGGUGGGCAUGAUGAUAAGAAGCUGAUGAUUCCUACUACAGUAAUUUUACGGCACAUGUUCACUCCUGCAGAAUUGAGAGCUGAUGAAGAGCUUCUUUCUGAGCUUGAGACUGAUGUUAGAGAGGAAUGCAUCAAGUUCGGUCCAGUGGAUAAUGUCAAGGUUUGUGAAAAUCAUCCACAAGGUGUUGUAUUGGUGAAAUUCAAAGAUAGGAAAGAUGCUGCCAAAUGCAUAGAGAAGAUGAAUGGCAGAUGGUUUGCUGGGCGGCAAAUCCAUGCGAGCGAAGAUGAUGGCUCUGUUAACCAUACUCUUAUCCGUGACUACGAUGCAGAGGUGUCAAGACUGGAUCGGUUUGGAGAAGAGUUAGAAGAGUCAACAUAGACGAUAUACACCUGGGAUUGCUGCCUUGUGUGAUAAGAUAGCAGCAGUAGUUUUGUGUUUUACCUCAUUCAUAGGUUGGGUCUUUCCACUCCUAAUUGACAUCAGAAAAAGAAAAGUUAUUCGUUAUCAGUUAUCAGCCAUGAGCACGCCGUUUGUUGUUGCAAGACUGCAACUUAAAGAGAUGCAUUAUUUCCCUAACAUGUAACACCUGCUAGUAAGUACGUUUGCAAUGCUCGUCAUAUCUAGCAAAGUAGCAUCACACUGCUUUGUCAAAGAUUGGCGUUUAAUGAAUGAGAAGUUCAUUCAGAUACCCCUCCCUAUAAA